AUGGCGGGCGGCGAGGAGAACGGGAGAGAAGGCAGCCUCGGGGAGCCGCCUCCCUCUUCUGAUGAGCCGCCACAGCCCCUCGCUGAGGGGCUCCCCGAGGAGCAGCCCCGGCCCGGUCCGCCUCACGGCGAGGAUGAGCGGGAGGAGGAAGAGUCGGAGCGCUCGGAGGUUCAGCCCAGGGUUCCCCAGCUGUCUGGGGAGGGUUCCCUUUUCCAGGGUCGUGACUUGAGUGACAUCAGCAUUCUCUCUGGAUACAUUCACCUGCAGAAAAUGGAGCUUUCCUCCAAUAAAAUUAAUGAUCUUUCCUGUGUCAGUCACAUGCCUUAUUUAGUAGAGCUGAAUGCUUCCAAAAACCAACUGACCACAUAUUUCGAUUUUAAAGCACCUAAAAACCUCAGGGAAGUAGAUUUUUCACACAAUCAAAUCCCAAAAAUGAAAGAUUUGUCAGCAUACCACUCACUUACCAAGCUCCUGCUGGAUUUUAAUGAGAUUGAGGAGAUCAGGGGGCUGGAGGAGUGUCACAGCCUGACCCAGCUGGGUUUGUCACACAACAGGCUCGCUGCCAUCAGGGGCCUGCAGAAUUUGCCCAUCAGGAUCCUCAAUUUGAGCUUUAACCAGAUUGAGAAGGUGAAUGGGCUGAAGACCUUGAAAAAUCUGCAGUGGGUGGAUCUGUCCAACAAUAAAAUAAACAAUCUGCAAGGCUUGGAGGAGCACGACCUACUGGAGAUGAUCAACCUGGAGGAUAACCAGGUGGCUGAGCUGAGUGAGCUUAAAUGGAUUGAAGAUCUGCCUCUCCUCAGGGUUUUAAAUCUUCUAAAAAACCCUCUACAGGAAAAAGAUGGUUAUUGGCUCUCAGCGAUUUUCAUGUUGCUCCAAGUCACGGAUCUGGAUCUCAAGAAGGUUUCAGUGGAAGAAAAGGUGGCUGCUGUGAAUAAAGAGGACCCUCCUCCAGAAGUCGUGGCUGCUGAAGAUCACAGGAUUCAGAUUUUGUACAACGCUCAGCAGCCCCAGGAAGUCCUGCCCAGCACUCUGCCUGAUUCUGAGCAGCCCUACCCCAUGCUGGUGUUACUGGGCCCCGUGGCCGGUGGCAGGAGGCAACUUUCUCUCAAAAUCUGCAGAAAAUUCAAGAAUUUCUUCAGAUUUGGGCCCUGCCACACCACCAGGGAAGCUUAUUUUGGGGAAGAAAACAGAUUCGAUUAUUAUUUCAUUUCUCAAGAGGAAUUUGACACAAUGGUGAAAGCAGGGCAAUUUCUGGCAACCUACAAAUACAGCGGCCACUGCUACGGACUGGGAAGAGACACCGUGGAAUCCAUAGCCAGGGAAGGGCUGGGCACCUGUGUCCACAUGGAAAUAGAGGGUGCCCACAGCUUGAAGAAUACCCACUUUAGACCCAGGUACGUGCUGUUGGUGCCAAAGGACAAAUGGAAAUACGGGGUCCACCUGAGGAGGACAGGGUUGUUCAGCAGGCCGGAGAUCGAAGAGGCGGUGAGCAGGGUGGACAUGUACCUGCAAGUCAGCCAGGACGUGCCCAGCUACUUCCAUGCAGUCAUCAACACCGAUGAGCUGGAUGAGGCAUUCACAGAGCUGACUCACCUUGUCAAGGUCUACCUGGGCUUGGAGCCACCUGACAUUUCGGACAGCUUUCAAGGCUUCAGGAGCAGGGCAGGUUCCAGACAACAGCGCUUCCCAGAGGAAAAGUCGUCCCCGGGCAGAGGAACUGCUACGCACUCUUGGACUCCAUCCUACGGUGACCGCUCGGAGCGUUCCACCAAAACCUAUCCCAGGGACAUCCUGGAAAUGCUGACUGCGCCACCAGGCUCUGUG